AAUAGCUUUAGAAUCUUGAGCUAUCUCUAAGCCUUCUCUCUAAGACAAGUUAUAUAUAUUAAGUAUUCUCUAAGACAAGUUAUAUACAUAUCAAGUAUAACAGAAAUGGAGAAGGUGGCAGUGGUUGCAACGUUGAUGGCCAUGGUGGUUUGUGGUUCAUUGAUGGAGACAGCCAUUGCAGCAGUGUACACAGUCGGAGACUCAUCUGGAUGGACCACCAUUGGUAAUGUUGAUUACAAACAGUGGGCUGCUAUUAAAACCUUCAAAGUUGGGGAUACUAUAGUAUUCACAUACAACAAGCAGUUUCACAAUGUGAUGCAAGUCAAACAUGCCGACUAUAGAUCCUGCAACGCCUCAACACCCAUUGCAACCCACUCUACUGGCAAUGACUCGAUUGUCAUCAAGACAUACGGCCACCACUUUUACAUGUGUGCGGUCCCAGGACAUUGCCAAGCCGGACAAAAGGUUGACAUUAACGUCGAACGCGAUUCUUCUACAAUGGCUCCAUCUUCAUCGAUAUCAAAUCCACCAACAUCGUCUUUUUUGCCAUCUCCAUCCUCUGCCCCCACAAGCUCCACAUUAAGUAAGCCUAAUUCGGUAGGCAAAGCAACUUCAUCAACUAUAUCGCAUAUUACGGUAGCGUUGGCUAUAGCUAUGUUUGUUGGUAUUAUGUGAGGGUUUGAUCCAUCUGUCUCAGUGAACGUCAUUGGAGGGGAACUACUCACAUUUUGUGUUGAUUUCUUAUGAAAAUAGGCAUGUUGAUGUUCUUAUGUAACGGAGAUUUUUCUUUUAUAUGUAAUUGGCUAGACCCACAUAUUCAAUAAUAACAAAGUUCCAAGAUAUGCAAUGCACUACUAGAAAAUCUGCCAA